UGACAUAUACAACUACUAGUUGCUAAGAAUGUAAAGGAGCUACUUUAAUUCUUGCCAUUUGAUGUUCUUAGCCUACUUUCAUUAAAUCUGAUGACAUUAUGAUGCAUGUUGUUGACUCAGGUGAAUACACUGACACAACCAGCAGGAUGGAAACCAUGGAGAGUGAAAAACCAAAAUCAAACGGUGUAUCAAACGGAGGUGCAAGGAUCGUCCUGGAGGAUGAUGAUGAAAUCCUCAAGCCAAGCGACCUGUCCGAGCUGUUAGCUGAGGGGACCAAAGAGUCCCACGACAAAGCAGAGAAUUGCCAGUUUGUUAAAGACUUCCUCAGAGGUCGCAUCAAGAAGGAGCUGUUUAAGAGGGGCACAGCAGCUCUGUACUUCGUCUACACUGCCAUGGAGGAGGAGAUCGAGAAGAACCAGGACCAUCCUCUCAUUGCGCCAAUCUACUUCCCCACAGAGCUGCACCGGCGUGAAGCCCUGGCCCGGGACCUGGAGUACUUCUAUGGCGAGGAUUGGGAAAGCCAGGUCAGCCUCUCUGCCGGCACCAAGCCUUACGUGGACCGAAUCCAUGAGGUGGGAGCGCAGGACCCCAUGCUGCUGGUUGCCCACUCCUACACCCGCUACAUGGGUGACCUCUCAGGUGGACAGAUCCUAAAGAAAGUGGCUCAGAGGGCACUGAAGCUCCCCUCCACAGGCGAGGGUCUCAACUUCUAUCAGUUCGAGGGGAUCCACAGUCACAAAGGCUUCAAGCAGCUUUACAGAAGCAGGAUGAACGAGCUGGAAAUGGACGCUGAGAACAAACAGAAGAUUGUAGACGAGUCAAACCGGGCCUUCGGAUUCAACAUGAUGGUCUUCACGGAGCUUGAAGAGGUUGGAGAGAAUAUCAAAGAAGAAGUCCAAGAUGCAGGUUUUGGACACGGUCAUGCAGAGCUCAUGGAGGGAGGGGAUAUCAACACGUGUCCCUUCUAUGCAGCAAAAAUGGCUGCCAGUGGAAACCCCUCCCAACUGUGCCAGUUAGCCACAAUGCUCCUCAAACACCCGCCCUGUCAGGUGGCUCUGGCGGCCUGGGUGGCCGUCCUUGCUGGUUUUGCCGCCUGGUACCUUUUUUAACUCUGCACUCCCGCUGCAGAGGACUUUGAUGCAUCCUGCCAAAGUUUAUCCUUUCACCUUGACUCUCUCUGUGGGGACGUAACUUCUACAAAAACAAAACAUUUUUAAAAUAA